ACUUGCUGAGAAUUUAUCGCUUAGAUUCGGAUUUUCCAAAUCCUGUUUUUUCUAUGCCUGCAUUGACAGCGCCACCUCCUUUCAAAGAACAAACAGGGAUUGUUAUGGCUGCUUUCUCAAGUUGUGAACCUGUGCGUAUUGCAUAUAUGAAAUAAUUGAUGCAGUAUAUGGAGGUCGAUUCUUACGGAGGUUGUCUUAGAAACAAAAACGAUUCAGUUCGCAGGUAUGGCUCUGGAAACGGCAAAGACUUCAAGCAACUCAGAACAGAACUGGCUAGAAAGUGCAAGUUUAGCCUGGUGUUUUUUAAUCAAGACUGCGACUAUUUUGUUUACGAUCAACUGUUGCAUGCGCUGAAUGCAGGCUCGGUUCCCGUGGUGAUGGUCACAGACAAACUCGAUGAGUUCCUGCCCGGCAAUCUGCGACACGCCGUCAUAGAAGUACGCGAUUUUAAAUGUCCAAAACUUCUUGCUGAGCACGUAAAAUAUCUUAUCCAUAACGAGACUGAAUACAACAAAUAUUUGGAGUGGAAGCAGGCAGGAAUUGGUAACAUUACAGUUAUUACUAUUAUUAUUACAGGUAACAUAACUGUUAUUGGAAACUACUGGCAGCCAAAGUAUCCAAUUUAUUGCCGAAUGUGUGUUGCACUUUCGAAGGGUCGAGUACACAAAGAUGGUCUCCCAAAAGACAACUGUCAAGCAAGGAAGGCUGCAAGCUGGGGACUAGCAUAGUGAUGAUAGCUGGAUUCUGACCGCUAGCGUGCUUGUUACAAAGUACAGUAUAACAUUAGUGCGGAAAUUCGGCACGAAAUUUCGCCAUUUUCGUCAAGAGUAAUUUUCUCACGUUCACGUUCGCGUUGACGUUCAUGUUUCUUCCGUGUUUCAGUUCAAUGUUCCAGCAAUGCUUGAAUGUUUUGUUACUUCUUCCCAUUAUUCGAUGGACUGGCCAAUCAAAACUGGUAAAAUUUCUGCGACAUCAAGAUGGCCUGCAGAACAAGCCGUUUGGAGACAGGGCGUGCGUGAUUCUACGCGCUCGUCUUGACGCUAUCGCGCUCUGUGGGUAGUGCUUCGCGCCCCCGUAUCAAGAGAACAUUUGUGUGUUCAGCAAGAUCAUUCAAAAGUCGGACGCGUUUGUUUACUUCACUUCAUUAUAUUCACUUCACUUCGUUAUUUGCGCACGUUGUCCAUUUCACAUAAUUGUUCUCUUCUACGGAGCCGCGCAAAUUACCAAGAAAAGUAUGAUAAAGAGAGACAUAUUUAAUAUUUAAGACUGAAAUUGGAAAAAUUUUCCACGUAAAGUCUAAAUGUACUUGCGUUCUAUCACGAAUUCCGUUAUCUGAUUGGCUACGCUACUCACUAUCUAUUCUGUCGUAGAUUAGUGAGUAGCGUAGCAGUGUGCAUUUGUUAAUAAAAUGGCGGACGCUUUGCGUUUUCGAAGUGUCUGUAAGAAGAUUUGAUAGAGUAAACGACUAGUA